AUGAGAUACAGUGCAGCUUAUUUACUUGCUGUUCUUGGUGGUAAUCCAUCGCCAAGUGUUGCUGAUAUUACCAAUAUUUUAGGUAGUGUUGGAAUUGAAUGUGAUGAAAAACGCGCUCAAGAAGUUAUCGAUGCUUGUAAAGGUAGAAGCGUUGAUGAUAUUAUUGCAAGUGGUAUGAAAAAAAUUGAUGAUAUUUCAAUGAUCGACACACAAACUACAGCUACUAUCGAUAAUGAAUCAUUGACAACAACAUCAACAGCUCCAAUACCUAUUGCUAAAAAUUCCACUCCACUUGAUUCUCCACUAGAAGGAAGUCCAGAAGAUAACGAAUUUAUUGGCUUAUUUGAUUAA